GAACACCGCUGCCGUGGCGCGACCUCCACGGACUGAAGACUCUUAAAGACACAGUAUGUCUCUGCAUGAAAAGUCAAUGGACAGGUCUCCUGUAAAGACACCACAGUUCGCAGACGUCCAACAGGUCUACAGGCUGUAUCCAUCACUGCCGAAUACAAACAAGUAUGAGAUUUGUUUACCGGUUGGCUCCACAUGUGAUGAACUCAACGCAGCUGCUGAGAUUAAUCCUCACGCUCUGUGUGAAGACUCAGAGUCAGAAGAGUCCUCUAAAAGUGAUGACGUCAGUAUGAAAGCACAGAUUCUUAUACUAGAGGAGCAGAGGAAAGAGCUUCUCACUAUUAAUAAGAAAUGGGCUAAAGAGUACAGAACCAUGGUGCAGUAUUACAAAGACAAGGUCAGAGUUUUAAAAGCAUCACAGCAGCUUGAUCACUCUGAGGAGGAAAUGAGUGAUGAAGGAGAGAAGCAUGUGAGAUUUAAUGAAAAACUCAAAGUGAAAACAGACACACAGACUGGAGAAAACUCUGAGUUACUAACAGCACAGAAGGAAGCCAAAGAGCUGCGAGUGCAGAACAGCACUCUGACCCGUAGGGGGCAGCACCAGCACGAGGAGAUCAAACGACUCAACAAGGCCUUGGAGGAGGCUCUUCAGGCCACUCAGCCCCUCGGGGGGAGCAAUGAAGCAGUACAAGACAUUUGGAAACAUCAGGCUGAAGUUUAUAAGGAAGACUUUUUGAGAGAGCGCAAAGAUCGGGAGAAGCUGAAGGAGAAGUACCUGGAGCUGGAGAGCAGAUUCAGAAAGGGUCAGGAUGAGCUGCGGUUCCUCAAAUCUCAGGUGUCAGGGAAGCAACCAGUGCAUCGCUGUUCAUGCACAAAUCGAGCCAAAUGUCCGAACCGGGAGCCCGAACCAGGAAACCAGCAGCACAUCCAGCUACAAAGGCGCUACAAAAUGGACGGCAAACAUUGAAACUUACAACCCUUCGACCAUUGUAUGAUGAUAUUUAAUGCACUUUAUUAGAAGUCUUAAUUUUGAGAUGAUAGGAGCUCUCUGCUUCAGCUGCUGGUCCUUAAAAGAAUAAUUAUUGCAUUGCCAAAACACUAGACCUAAAUUAUAUUGAUUUUGUAUUUUUACAAAAAAGGAGCGAUAAAGCAUCAUCAUGGUGGUCUACUUAAAUAAUCUGUGAAGAAAAGAAGCUAAAGCCAUGUUGUGACUACAAGCAUUUUUCUGGACACUAUUACCUCAGCCAUUCUCAGGUCGUUUUCUUCCAGAUACUCAGAAUGAGAUCACCAACAUCUGAAGGCUGUAAAGAAAUUAGAAGAGAGAAAAAAGAAACACACACUGAAAUAUUAUUUUGUACAAUAUAUUUAUGUAGACUUAAAAUCAUAUGAAAUGUAUUUUUUCUUCUUGUUUAUUUAUAAUUACAAUAAACUACUGA